UUGCCGUGUGGCUCGAGUUCAGGUUGUGGUGCCGGUGACCGUAGAGUGUUCAUUGUCAGUUUGACACGAAGUCCCGUCCUGUAAACAUCAGCGGUGUGUGGUGUGAUCAGUUUUCCUUGUGGUUCAAUUUAAUUUGAUUAAUGUAUAAAGAGAUUUAAUCAAUGUAACUCGCAAUUUGACUAUCAUUGAUGUUAAUGCACAUGGCGUCGCGUGCAUGAAAACAAAAACAAGUGAAAUUAGAGGUUUUAAAUCCGUUUCGUAGUGAUCAAUCAACAUCAACGUUACUCUUUGACGUUCGCGGAAUGAACAAGUUCGUUUUUCGUUGCUGCUAUUUUGUCUCCGGGUUAUAUUUCGAUAGAGAGUAAUCUCGGGUCGGGGCUGUAAAAGCAGGCUGUUCUUUUGCGAACUGAUUUUUCUACGAAAAAUUAUGGGCGAUACACCGAAAGUGGAAUUCGCUCUCGGAAGCGAAGUGUCGUUGGGACACUUCUUCAAAAGCAGCUUCGCGCGUUCUUUCGUAACCAACUGUCGUGAUUCGAAAUCGUUCGAUUACGAGUUUUUUGGUAACACCAUCGCCGAAGAAGCGGAACCGAAUGGCAACAAUCAGUUUUUCUCCCUCGUCAAUUUCGAAGAUAGAGUAAGGAUCACGGAGAACAAUGUUUUCAAUCAGGAGAACGCAAAAGUUUGGAAAAUGAGCGAGGUGAUUCAACCUCCCCCUACAGACAUCAACGAAUUGGAGAAGUUGCGAAAGCAAUGCCAGUCGCUGAUAGAGGAGAACCGAAGAUUGCAGAACGCCUUGACGACCAGUCAAAUACCUCACGUACAAGUAAUCGACAGUGUUUUUCUUCAAACUCAAGUUGAAACAUUGCAGUGGCAGGUGAAACAGAUAGAAGCUAACAGACAGAUGUACCGUUCCCUGAUGGAGCAAGUGAUGCGUUUCCUGGACCGAGCCCGGAAGAGCUUGGAUAUUCUUCACGAGAAGAGUAAUCACAAGGAGAAAAAUUCGUCUGGACGUGUACCGCGUAGCCGGAGCGUUCACGCGGUACACGCGGACGCCUCGCCGAAUCGCGUCGCCUCGGCAUCAUCGACGUCUUCCUCGGACUCGUCCCGUUUCACCAGGGCGAAAUCGGUCACCCAGAUCUCACCGUGUACCACGGGUUACCGCGAAUUCACAUGGUCCAUGCUUCGCAGAAACGACCCGGCUCACUGCACGCCGCCCCGCAAUAAAUCUCAGGAGAUGAAUAAAACCCACGAGGGUGUGGUUUAUCGAAGGCCGAAACAGGCGGAGCUCGACCCGAAUGAUAUACCACCUGAGAAAUUGUCUCAGGAAGCAUUUAGGCUAAUGAGAACCGUUCAAUCGUUACUAGCUAUGAAAGAACCCGACCUGGUCAGGAUUUCGUCAAUGGAAAAUAACGAAUCGUCACCUUCGCCCAUAGAUCAUCAUCGUCAUAAUAAUCAUCAUAACGAGGUGUCUCUGUCACUGCAGAGCAACAGUUUUGUUAACUCAACGAGCUUGCAGGAUGCUUCCGGUUAUAAGAGGCACUCGGUCUGCGACCGUGGAAACGAAUCGAGCAGUACAGAUAACGACAGCAGGACUUGUUUUCUCAAAUCUUCGUCGAACAGCGUGGAAGUUGAUAGAAAUCUACAAAAUCUCCUUCCUGGAGUGAGGAGGUCGAUCGACGCCACCUCUCUCAACUCGGGAAGCAGCAAAACCACCGAAGAAGAUGACGGACUUCCGCGUAACGCUUCUUUCAACGUUUCGAUGCCAGAGCACGAUGGUGUUUUCAUGUGUACACCGACCUCGACGCCGAUCAGACGUACUAGGAAAGUUGAGAAGAAGAAGAAGGAAAAGUGUUCUAAAUCAAAACCAGCCGCCAGUGUGAGCAGCGUCGAGGAUGAAAGUGGAUUCUCUUCUAUGAGUUCGUUUCAAGAAAUUGGCUUACCCGGUGCCCUGCCAAUCUCCCCUAUCAGAGGUUGUCACACGGAAGUAGGUUUACCAGAAGUACCAUUGGAAAAAGCAAGGCAUCGCAGAUGGUCUUCGACCCCGAUCGAAAUUCAAGCUCUCUUUAAACAGAGAAAUAGCUUUACUACUUCUCAAACUACCACGGAAUCAUUGAGUGUCUGGGUGUGAGCAGUUCUCUUUACCAUGUAAGCUGGUUUUUUUUUUUUUAGUAACAACAACUCUGAUGAAUGCAUUUGAUACGUUGAAAUUGAAAAAAGAAAAAAUCAGUUUGACUGAAUGUUGAAUAUAAUGAAGUAUUAGUAUGGGGUAAUUCUUUGUAAAUAUGUUUUUCGGAAUAUUACCUAUUCGUUUCGCAUUCUAUUUGCCUUUUUUGUCGAAACAGUUUGAUUUUCAAGAAAGUAUGCAAAAAAGGAUAACUUAAAUAAUAUGUGCUUUAUUUAAAAAUAUCUUUUGCUUCCUAUCAUUUUUUGACAUUAAGUUUGAGAACAGUUUGAUAUAACAUAGAACAUUUGUUCAGAGCUUCGUUAGAAAGAUGGUAUGUAUGCAAGUGUAGUUAGUACUUUAUAUGUGUUAGAUAAAAAAAAUACAUAUUUCUUAUUAGCUAUGUGCAGAGGAUUUUCCAGAAGUUGUAUCAAAUACUUGUAUUAACAAAGUAAGCUAUAAGUAUCACCGCGACGUGCUUAGUACCAAAAUUGCAAUAGAAUUUUAACUGUGUUACAAGGAAAUGUACCGAAUUGUAAUUAUGUUAUAGCCUUACAAGCAGAUAAAAUUCGUAUUGUUACGAUCGAUUUUGGUAUUCGAAACUGUGUUCAAUUUGUACUUAGAAGUAUUAACAUGCCAGAAUUAAUUUAUGCAAACUGUAAUCUGUUUUACUUUUCUUGAACGUGUAUAUACAGAGUAACAUAAAAAUAUUCAGCAUUCAAAGAAUGAGAAAUAAGAAAGCAUUUAUUUCCUCUACAAUUAAAACUAUAUGAAUCAUAUUCAAUAAUAUUUUAUUCAAACCUUUCAUUCGUAUAUCUACUAAUGGAAUUCUCAUUUUAUGAAUAUGAUUCGUGUUAGUUUUCAACACUUUCAAAAUAUCAAUUUCUUUUAUUAUGUAUUACUAAUUACUAUAUCAUUAUUUUAGGUUACACGUCAGAAAAUCUCAACCAUAAACUUCCUAUCCACAACAUUACAAACAAUUCCAUAAAAACAAUUGACAGUAACAAAAACAACAUAGUUGACAUGAAAUAAUCAUUUUUAAUAUCUGAAUGUUCGACGUUAAAUCUACCAAAAGUGCCUAAGGAAAACAAUGAACGAAUGAGGGGAUGAAUGAACGAAUGAACAAUUGGAAAAAUAAUGAAAAAUAUAAAAGAAAUAUGAUGGUUAAAGAUUCGACUCGAGAAUCGCUGAUCAUGGCCAAAUGGCUGAACGAAGAGUAGAGAGUGGGGGGGGAAACGAAUGCGCGCGCAUCGCGAUAAGGCAUAUGUAGACGGCAUUCGUUAUCAGUACGGUAGGCGUCGUUCACUUGUUCGCGAGUCGGUCCAGAGUGUAGCCAGGAGAUUGCGCCACCAGCCGAUCCACUUUUAGAUUGAUUUUCAAGAGCACCGUGCACGGGGUAGCGCUCCGCGUUUAUUUUAACGUGGCCAGAGUGUUCGAACGGGCCGCGACCGUCUCGGGUGAUAGUAGAAACAGCGUGACGAGGUGAGAGGUUCGGGUGCGGGCGCCUUUUCUCUCUGCCGGUCUGGAAGAACCAUUUAAUUUGUGUCCCACGGGAGGCACAUAGUUCUCGUUCUCGCACUCGUUGUUAUUAGACUCGUUGUUAUCCGUGUGUGCUGUUUCUGCUACGCGUAUACACUUGUGUUGUUCGCGUUACCACACAUUGAAAAGUCUAUCUAUAUCUCUUGUUCGUUCUUUCGUACGGUGUUCACCGUGUACGAACUGAGUGUGUGUGCGUGUGUACCUUAGAACGUGCGGCUCCGUGGCGCAGUGCGUGAAAUGAGUGACAAAGAUCGUUCUUCUCCCACCCUUGUUGAAAACAGUCUCAAGUCGUUACUGGAUCAGCCGAAUAUAUUUCCACUGAUUGG